AUGUCCUUCUUCGGAACUAUUCAUGGGUGUCAAUACUUUUUAAACAACCUAGCUAGUCACCUGGACUGUUGCCUUAUACCACGUAAACAGCGUAGCUUCGCCCCCAAUAUCAGCCAAAUCCCCAACCUCAUUCUUCCAGUUACUGUCAGGCUGAAAAAAAAUGCCACAAUGCGCUCCGACUACAGCGCGCAGGACCUCGAUGCCAUUCUGGAACUGGCUGCUACAGUACAGAAACAGUAUACGGAUGUGCCAGACCAAUACAAAGCUAUUUUGCACGAUGCCAAGCGGCUGUCUGAUCAGCUGUGCGAGACUGAAGAUGAGGAUACCGGUGACUCGGCUGAGGAUCAAGAGAAGCAGAGACUAGACGAUAUUCACAAACGCUGUCGGGAUCUCUUACACGAGCUGGAUGCAUAUUUGGGGCAGUUAGAUACAACAAGAACUCCGUCACCACAAGAUGAAGGGGGAUCCGUUGACUUGAAGACCACGACAGGUGAAACUGUCCUACUUGCAGCCAAGCAAGGUUUUAGAGAAAUUGUCCGGUUUCUCCUCGAGCAAGGAGUUCCCAUCGACCCCAAAGACAGAGCGGGGCGGACUCCCCUCCAUCAUGCAGUGGCAAAGGACCACAAAGAAGUAGUCAAGGUCAUCCUCGAAGCCGGCGGUGAUAUAGAGACGACGGACCUGGCGGACCAUAUCCCACCAAUGUUCGCAGCGCCCCAUGGAAAUGACAAGGAGAACAGGUCGUGCCACACACCUCUGAUUACUGCAAUAGAAGCCGACAAUGAGGAGAUGGUCAAGCUUCUUCUGGAAGCGGGUGCUGACCCGGACCAUUACACUGAUUAUUAUACGCCUUUGACGUCUGCAGCACGAAACCACAACAUGGGCAUAUUCACACUGUUGAUUGACAAAGUCUCUAAUUUAGACCAUCAGGAUGAAGGGGGCGAUACUCCGCUGAUACAUGCUGCAAAAUGGCACAAUGGGUUGGCGGAGCUCCUUGUGGAGCGAGGUGCAAGAUUGGACGUUGAGAACAGAUACGGUGAAACUGCGAUGUCCAUCGCUUCACAGCGUGCAAACAAGCACCUGCUCACAUUGCUUCUAGAGAGGAUUCCUGGUCAGGAGUAUAUCAAUGCGAAGGGUCAAGGCCUACUUCAUUUUGCUGCAGAGAGCGACCUAGGAGGUGGGGAUGAAGCCAUGGUUCGCUUUCUCCUGGCGAGGGAGGGGUUGACUCGGGACCAGAAAGUCGCAGAUGCUCAAAGUGGACUUCACGGUGCCGCAUGGAGGGGGUAUACUACCAUAUUGAAAAUACUGCUUGAGAUAGAUGGUGUGGAUGUCGACGGCAAGGACGCGAAUGGCUACACCGCGCUUUGGCUGGCUGUUCGGAUGGGUAGGGAGGAUGCCAUCGAGCUCCUUCUUGAUACAUAUGGGGCAAACCCUGAGAUUCAUAACGGCCACAUGGAAUGGACAGCAAUACAUGCAGCUAUUAUUCAUAACGAGCCGUCAACUGCGCGGAUGCUUCUGGCAAGAGGCGUUAAUCCAAACAGUAGGGACCGCCACGGUCGAACUCCCUUAUCCGGGGCGGUUAAUAUCGAAUGGGAUAUUUGCCAUGAUGGUAUCGGUUCAACAAUGGUGCCGUUGCUUCUUGAAACAAAUGGCGUGGAUGUCAACAGCCAAGAUAACUUGGGUCGCACCCCCCUGUUCUGGGCUCUAUUAUCCGCCAUCUAUUUGGUGCACUCCCCAGAGAAAGUAGAAAUGUACGAGGCUGGCGUUCAGCUCCUUCUUGAACAGGGUGCGAGAGUCGACAUCCGCGAUGAAUCUGGUAGGACACCCAUAUUCUACGCGGCAAUGGUGAAACGUGCCGCACUGGUCCAAAUGUUCCUGGCGAAGGGCGCAGAGCCGGACUGCAUAGAUGCUGAUGGUAGGACACCGCUUUCCUAUGCAGUGGAGCCUUUCAAUGUUGUUUGGUUGGUGGAGUACAAAGGUGAAUCUGAGGAUGAAUGGGAUCCUGCAUGGUCUGGUGACCAGUUGAGCAAGGUGGUGAAAGCUCUUCUUGCUCAAGGUGCUGACCCGAAUCGUCGCGAUGUAAAGGGUCUAACACCACUCUCACGCGCCGAAAAGAGGCUUGAGGAAGGGAAUGAAGUGUUGAUUCUGCUCAGGAAAGCCUCCGCUCGAGGGUCAGGCUUGUGGUUCAAAAGCCGCUUCUAG